UUGAUGUGUAUAUGAUGUGUACAUGAUGUGUACAUGAUGUGUGAUUGUUUUGACAAUACAAACUGAUAUUAAAAAAUGUAUAGCUGGAACCUGUUCAUGCUGUUUUAAAGUCUAGAGGAGAUCACCUUUAGCUUAUACAUGCACCCUUUAACGCAAUUACUGCAGUUAAUACUGUGAACGAAAAACAAACAGUGGGUAUGAGGCACAGCCGAUGACCGGGAACAUUUACAGUAUUACUCUGAUAUUUCACUAAAUGAGAAAUUUUUCAACAAAGUAUCCUCAGAAUUAGCUGACUUCAUCAUUCAGCUAAAAACAAUAAAUAAACCACUUUUUAACUGAAGACUAAAGCUCAUCUUAUGUCAAAAUGGAAUCAGAUGGACAGCCACCACAUUUUGAUCUUUCUGAGGAUGAGGACGUAUCACUUCAUGUAUCACAGAAAAGGAAUUUUCGCCGUAUCAGAAGUAUUUCAUCGUCUGACUUCGAUGACCUCGAUGACAGUGAUACAGAUAUAUCAGUUCAUUCUUACGCGCAAGACAUCAUACAAAUGCAUACCGAAGUCUUAAUUUCUGGCCUAAGAGCAUUCUUGAUAGACCACACAUUGACUGAUGUUGUUAUUAGCGUUCAGGAAGAAACUUUUAAUUGUCACAAAAUAAUUCUUGCAGCUUUUUCAACCUUUUUCAAAUCAAUGUUUACCUCUGGAAUGAUGGAAAGUGAUCAAAGUGCAACUGUAAGUUUACCAAACAUUGAACCAAAUAUAAUGAGAAAAAUUAUACAAUUUAUGUAUGUGGGAGAAGGCUUUGAUUCAGAAUUUGCAGAUGAGAUGUUACUGACUGCCGAUUAUCUUCAAAUAGAAAGUAUAAAGACCGUGUGUUUAAAACAAAUAAGGCACAAACUCAACUGUAAUAAUAUUUUCAAAUACUGGCGUUUGUCAGAAGAAAGUGUAGCAUACAAAGAUUUGAGACGUUCCUGUAAAAAUUUGGUUGCAAAGAAUUUCAAAUUGUUGUGGUCAAAAAAUGGUUUUGUACAACUUUCCUGUAAUCAAAUUGUUGCAUUGCUUCAAGAGGAAAGCCUUAAUGUUUCUGAUGAAAAUACAGUAUGCGAUGCUGUAGACCGAUGGAUUAAACAUGAUAUUGCGAAAAGAAAGCGAAAUUUAGCAUCAAUAUUUGAAAACGUCCGAUUGCCAUUAGUGUCGGAGGAAAAUCUCCUGAAAUUCAAAACGGAGUUCCCAUACUCAAAGGACUCUAAGCUUGAUGAAUUCCUGAAAGAAGCUAAAUGCUUUCAUGAAAAAUAUGACAGACAGUCGUUGUUAGUCGGGCAAAGUAUGCGCACAACUUACAGACUUAGGUCAAGACAAGAACAUGUAUUAAUUGUACUUGCAGGAGGAGAAGACGAUAAUAACGAGCGUUCUAGAGCAAUGUGGAGCUUUUGGCCAAGCAUGAUGAAAUGGAAGCGUUUAUCAGAUCUCCCAAAAGAAGUGCAUUCUGAAAAUUCCGGACCAGCAACUUGUAGUUAUGGCUUAUCAAAUAUCCUAUACUCAGGAGGAUAUGAAAAUGAUUGUUUCUAUAGAUAUGAUGGAAAACAUGAUAAAUGGAUAGAAUUACCACAUCUAAAUCAUGACAGAGCAGGGCACAGUAUGAUAGUUAUAAAGAAUUGUGUAUAUGUAUUUGGCGGAAUGGCUUACGAUUAUUCGCCCUCAGCAGAAUUUUUGGCGCGAAAAAGUUUCAAGACAAUUGAUGCUUUUAAUAUGACAAAUCAAUCCACCGGACAAGAUGAUGAAAAAUCGAUGUUUGAAAACAAAAAAAAUACAGAUCAUUUUGAUGAAAAUAUAGACAGAAAUGACGAUACGUCGACCAUUAAAAGUGAAAACGAGUCUGAUAAUGACGACCAUGGUGAUACUGGAAGCUCAGAUGACGAUACGGGCGGAGGCAAUUGGACUAGAUAUGGUAAACUUUUGCAUCCAAUUGUGGACGGACAAGUUGUGGUAGUUGAUGAGAAGAUUUACAUCUUUGGUGGAGUAACUGUAGAUAGUGAAGAGUAUGAUUCUAACACAUGCGUGCAAUGUUAUGAUACCUACCUCAAGACCUGCUAUAUAUUUAAACAUAAUGACCUCGGAAUUCAGUUAACAGAAUCAAAUGUGUUUGGUUGUGACGAUAACGUUUUCAUUCUUAGUAAAAAUUUAAAGAGUUUUUCAAUUAUAUCAUAUUUCAAAAGAGUUGGAAGUGUUUCUCGCAAUGAAGAGAAGAUACAGUUUGUAGAUCAGUCCUUUACUAAGUUUCCGCCAGAAGGAUUUCUUAAGAGUGGCAAUAGCUACUACUUCUUAGGGGGAAUGGAUGGACGUAUAUCAAAUCAUGUAGUGAGUUACAACUUAAAAACAAAACACACGUCAAUUUUUGAAGAUGGUGCUUCCUUGCCUAGCAGCUUGACUGAUUUCUCAUGUUUAACUCUUGUUCUUGAAAAAGACAUUUACUGGCGUAAUUGAAAUGUUUAACAAUUAAUAUGUGAACAUAUUUUUCUGACAGUUUGUUUUUGAAAUACAGAACACAGAUAACGAAGCCUCAA